GUAACCUUCCAGUGCCCAUAACCUUGGGAUAUCUACAAAUUAUCUCCUAAACGUCAAAACGGGCAUUUUUUGCCUUUAGUCCGCAAUUCCUUCGAUAUUCGACGUCUGCUCACUUCAACACGAAAGGACUGGAAACCGAGCGUGCAUUUGCUCCACAUUUGUCCACGAUAAAUGUUGACAAUUAUUUCAUGCUUUAGAAUGUUAUGGAUAAUAACUCCCCACUGUACCUGGCACACCAAAACGGAAGAAAUGCAGACAAUCACAUGAAGUUGAGACAGUACGACGCGGCAGUCGCUUGUCACGUCAAAGCGUCCGAAUGGCUCUCUCAGGCGAUGAACCUCACCAAGUACUCUAAGGCCCUGGAAUCUUUGCAGCUUCAAUACCAGUACCACCUCAAGCAAACUGAUUUGAUCAAUGCAAAAAAACUCAGGCAAGAAAUUCAGCGAGAGCUUUUAGAAUUAAAAAAACGUAAAAGGAUGGAGAAACGCAGUUUGUCAGUAAUCGAGCAGAAAGACCAGGAAUUGCAGAUGGCGAUCUUAAAAACGAUUGAAGAAGCGGACUCGCUUUUAGGGAUGCUCCGCCCAAAGGCAGAUAGCGAUGAUGGCGAAGACAAAGUUCAAGAAUCGUCAACAAGCUUCAUGAAACACCCCAAGGAUGAAAAGAUGGUGAUGGAGGAGCUCAAGACCGUCAAUGCCCAACUUCGUUUGCUUAUCAAUGAUCUCAUUAGCCAGCUCGAUGCCAGCCGUCGUGAAGUUGAGAGUCUCAAGACUAGGCUGAAACUGUAUGAAACAGAAGCAAUACCAGACCUUGCCCCCCUCGAAAUGCCUCAUUUCGACUAUUCCACUUUGUAGAACAGAUGCUGUGAUAAUGUAAAAAUUCCCCUACCUUUUUUGCAUUUUAACAUUUUCAAAAAUGCAGGUGGAAUCUUAGAAUAGCACAAUUUAUAAUUACUGCAGGUUUUUCGAAAAAUUGAUGAUUGUCUUUUUCUUAAAAUAGAUAUGUUGCUAGCGUUUUUAAUCCUUCUUUUUAUUUUAUAGUCGUUAGGUCUUUUUGAAAACUUUUUGAACUUAUAUAUAUAUAAGUAUUCCAAUAUGCUUAAUGGUAAGAAGACAUCUUUAUUUGGCAUUUUGAAUAUAAUGUAGAGCUAUUAAAAUAUAGCUAUUUUAAUUUAUAAGAUUUUUUCCUAAAUGAGCAUAUUUUGAAAUGUGCACUCUUGAUACUAAUGUUUUAUUUUUAUCAAUUGAUAUACAAGCUUAGAAUAUUUGUAUUAUUGAUUGUAGUUUGAUAGUAUCUACUUUUCUUGUGUUUAAAGUUAUGAUAAAAUUUGUAAAGCUUUUUAUUGAUUUCCCAUUGUUCAUUCUUAAUAGAAAAGGGAGUCAGUUUAAUUUGUAAGGAUUUGAAAAAGCAGUACUUAUAAAUUUUUUGUUAACUGAGAAAAAUAACUGGAAAAUAAAGUGAGAAUUAUAUAUUUUGUAAGUUCUCCUUCUUUUUUGAAAACUCUAUUUUAUGCAGAGUUAGUUGACAGAGUAAAGUAUAUUUUCAUUUAAAAUAAAAUAUGUGAGUAGACACAAAUGACCGUGGUUUAUUAAUGUGGCCAUUAAUACAACCUUGUGAUUUAAUUAAUUGUCUUAGACGUUUUACACUGGAAAAACUGUAUAUUUCCAU